ACUACAGUUGCAGUCAUGAAGAUUCUGAUCACCGUGUUGUUGGUCGCCUUCGUGGCAGCAGAGCAGAAGCGCGAGGCUGAGCCUUCAUACGGCCUCCACUACCCCCAUGCCUACCCUUAUGGUGUAGGCCUUGGCAGUGCCUACGGGCUCUACCCGUAUGGCACUCACUCCUUCCUCAGUACCCGCAGCCAUGUCCUUCACAAGCGCGACGCCGAAGCCGACCCUGGCUACCUUUUGGGAGGAGGUCUUGGCCUUGGCAGCCCCUAUGGCUAUGGACUCCCUUAUGGUCUUGGUCAGGGUUAUGGCUAUGGAUAUCCAUUAGGUCACGUCUCCUACCACGCCGCCGGCCACUCUAUCGGCAAGCGUGAGGCUGAACCUGGCUUCGCACCCGGUCUUCUUAGUCAUGGAGCAUCCUACGGCUACACCCCCUCUCUCCUCUAUCCAGGAAUUUCCCAUUCCUACCAAUACAAUCGCGCUUUUACUCCGCUUAUCUACGGAUAGUGAGAAUGUUGUUCUUCAUCUGGAUAUGAUUGAAUGAAAAACAUUGUAUUUAAGAAGUCUGCACAUUGACAUUUUAAUUACAUUAAUAUCUGCAUUUCAUUAAAGUUGCUAUCAAUUACAAGUACAUUCAUUGUCGUAUACUAAAAAUUGAGUUAGACCGAAGCUACAGUAAUAAUACGUGAUAAUGAUGAUAAUUGUUAUCACCAUAAAUAUAUAAAGAGAUAAAUAUAUAUAUAAUUGUUGCUAUAGUGUUACCAUUAAUACUGUAAAGAUAAUAACUAAAAUCAUAAUAAUGACAGUAACAUCACUACUAGUAAAAGCAAAGAAACUAACAAUGAUAAAAGUGAAAAUAAUAUUAGUGGCAGUACUCCUUAAGGAAUAAUGAUAUUAAUACUGACUGAUAAAGAUUAUAUUAUUAAAGGAUAUUAAUAGA